ACUUGGGCCGCGCACUCGGUCCCCGGGUCGCCCCCACGCCGUGGGGGUGGAUCGGGACUCGUUUCCGGGAAUGGGAGCCUCCGCCUCGGUCAGGUGUGGUUGAGGCGGACACCGGCGUACUGGGUAUCCUUCGCGGAGGGACAAUAACGCUCCAGGCACAGCCUCUGUGGGCACAAUGGCAGCCACAGUCAGACGGCAGAGGCCAAGGAGGUUAGCCUUUUGGGCCUUGAUGGCUGUGCUCUUGGCAGACCUGUUGGCACUGAGUGACACGUUGGCAGUGAUGUCUGUGGACCUGGGCAGCGAGUCCAUGAAGGUGGCCAUCGUCAAACCUGGAGUGCCCAUGGAAAUUGUCUUGAACAAGGAAUCCCGGAGAAAAACCCCAGUGACUGUGACCCUGAAAGAAAAUGAGAGAUUCUUUGGAGACAGUGCAGCAAACAUGGCCAUCAAGAAUCCAAAGGCUACGCUGCGAUACUUCCAGCACCUAUUGGGGAAGCAGUCAGAUAAUCCCCAUGUGGCCCUUUACCAGGCUCGUUUCCCAGAGCACGAGCUAGGUUUCGACCCACAGAGGCAGACUGUGCACUUCCAGAUUAGUCCGCAGCUGAAGGUAUCACCUGAGGAGGUGCUGGCUAUGAUUCUCAAUUACUCUCGUUCCCUGGCUGAAGAUUUUGCAGAGCAGCCCAUCAAGGAUGCAGUGAUCACUGUGCCUGCCUUCUUCAACCAGGCUGAGCGGCGAGCCGUGCUACAGGCUGCUCGCAUGGCUGGCCUCAAAGUGCUGCAGCUCAUCAAUGACAAUACUGCCACCGCCCUCAGCUAUGGUGUCUUCCGCCGGAAAGAUAUCAACAGCACUGCCCAGAAUAUCAUGUUCUAUGACAUGGGCUCAGGCAGCACCGUAUGCACCAUUGUGACCUACCAGACAGUGAAGACGAAGGAAGCAGGCAUGCAGCCACAGCUGCAGAUCCGGGGAGUGGGGUUUGACCGCACCCUGGGGGGCCUGGAGAUGGAGCUCCGGCUGCGUGAGCACCUGGCUGGACUGUUCAAUAAGCAGCGCAAGGACCAGAGAGCAAAGGACGUGCAGGAGAACCCCCGUGCCAUGGCCAAGCUGCUCCGUGAGGCCAAUCGGCUCAAAACCAUCUUGAGCGCCAAUGCUGACCACAUGGCACAGAUCGAGGGUCUCAUGGACGACGUGGACUUCAAGGCCAAAGUGACUCGUGCGGAGUUUGAGGAGCUAUGUGUAGACUUGUUUGAACGGGUGCCUGGGCCUGUACAGCAGGCACUCCAGAGUGCUGAAAUGAGUUUGGACGAAAUUGAGCAGGUGAUCCUGGUGGGUGGGGCCACUCGGGUCCCCAAAGUUCAGGAGGUGCUGCUGAAGGCUGUGGGCAAGGACGAGCUCGGGAAGAACAUCAAUGCAGACGAAGCAGCUGCCAUGGGGGCUGUGUACCAGGCAGCCGCCCUCAGCAAAGCCUUCAAGGUGAAGCCAUUUGUAGUCCGAGAUGCGGUGAUCUACCCCAUCCUGGUGGAGUUCACAAGGGAGGUAGAAGAGGAGCCUGGGGUUCGCAGCCUGAAGCACAAUAAACGCGUGCUCUUCUCCCGGAUGGGGCCCUACCCUCAGCGCAAAGUCAUCACCUUUAACCGCUACAGCCAUGAUUUCAACUUCCACAUCAACUACGGUGACCUGGGCUUCCUGGGGCCUGAGGAUCUCCGGGUAUUUGGCUCCCAGAACCUGACCACAGUGAAGCUAAAAGGUGUGGGUGAGAGCUUCAAGAAGUAUCCUGACCACGAGUCCAAGGGCAUCAAGGCUCACUUCAACCUGGACGAGAGUGGUGUGCUAAGCCUGGACAGGGUGGAGUCUGUAUUUGAGACGCUGGUGCAGGACAGCCCAGAAGAGGAAUCUACUCUCACCAAACUUGGCAACACCAUUUCCAGCCUGUUUGGAGGUGGCACCACACCAGAUGCCAAAGACAAUGGUACAGAAACUGUCCAGGAGGAAGAGGAGAGCCCUGCUGAGGGGAGCAAGGAUGAACCUGGGGAGCAAGUGGAACUCAAGGAGGAAGCGGAGGCCCCAGUAGAGGAUACCUCUCAGCCCCCACCCGCUGAGUCUAAGGGGGACACAGCCGCUAAUGGAGAAAAGGCUGUAGAAAAGGAAAAUGGGGAAAAAUCUGAGGCACAGAAGCCAAGUGAGAAGGGAGAGGCAGGGCCUGAGGGUGUCCCUCCGGCCUCUGAGGAAAAAAAGAAGCAGAAGCCGGCCCGAAAGCAGAGAAUGGUAGAGGAGAUAGGGGUGGAGCUGGUCAUUCUGGACCUGCCUGACAUGCCUGACGAUGAGCUGGCUCGCUCGAUGCAGAAACUUCAGGACUUGACCCUCCGAGACCUGGAGAAGCAGGAACGGGAGAAAGCUGCCAACAGCUUGGAAGCUUUCAUCUUUGAGACCCAGGACAAGCUCUACCAGCCCGAGUACCAGGCGGUUUCCACUGAGGAACAACGUGAGGAGAUCUCUGGGAAACUCAGUGCUGCUUCCACCUGGCUGGAGGAUGAGGGCUUUGGGGCCACCACAGUGAUGCUGAAGGAGAAGCUGGUGGAGCUAAGAAAAUUGUGCCAAGGGUUGUUUUUUCGUGUGGAAGAACGCAAAAAGUGGCCUGAACGGCUAUCUGCCCUUGACAAUCUCCUCAACCAAUCCAGCAUGUUCCUUAAGGGAGCCCGGCUAAUCCCAGAGAUGGACCAGAUCUUCACUGAGGUGGAGAUGACAACAUUAGAGAAAGUCAUCAAUGAGACCUGGGCCUGGAAGAACGCAACUAUGGCCGAGCAAGCCAAGCUUCCUGCCACAGAAAAACCCGUGUUGCUUUCAAAAGACAUUGAGGCCAAGAUGAUGGCCCUGGACCGUGAGGUGCAGUAUCUGCUCAAUAAGGCCAAGUUUGCGAAGCCUCGGCCCCGGCCCAAGGAUAAGAAUGGGACCCGGGCAGAGCCUCCCCUCAAUGCCAGUGACCAGGGGGAGAAAGUCAUCCCCCCACCAGGCGAGACUGAAGAUGCAAAGCCCAUUUCAGAACCUGAGAAAGUAGAGACUGCAGAAUCUGAACAGGCAGAUGCUGAGCCUCUGGAGUUAGGAGGUCCUGGCGCAGAAUCUGAGCAGAAAGAGCAACCAACAGGACAGAAGCGGACGUUGAAGAAUGAUGAGCUAUAACCCCCACCUCCUGUUGCCGCAUUCCUUCUACCCCCUUCUCUCACCACUUCUAUUUAUUAAACAUUGAGGGUGGGGGGAGGGGUUGGUCCUGCCCUCAGGGCAGAAGGUCCUUCUCUCUUCUGUGGUUGGAGGUGUGGAGAAGGGAAAGGAAGGGACAGCUCACCAGUUCCUUCUGGUGUAGUUCUGUGGUUAAAACUGAAAUUGUUCUAUUUCCCAGUCCCACCCCCUGGUCCUCCACCCAUCCAGGCCCUAAAUUUGGGGGAAAAAUCACUAUUACAUCUUCAUUUUUUUGCCAUGUGUAGGUGAGAGAAUAGCCGUCAGUGGUGGACUGAGACCUGGUAGGCGGAAGGUUGUCCUGGAACACUGGGGAGUCUCUAGUUUUCUCUGGUCAUCCUUCCUCCCUCCUUUCUUCCACUGCUAAAUCCACAUCCCAUCCCUACUUGGCAAGAGGGCCAUGGGGCCAGUGUCUGCAGAGCCUUGAUUGCCAGGGUUGGUUUCUGAGUGCCUAUCUAUGUUCUUUUCUCCCUCUACCAUCAUCUCUUUCCCUAAAGAAAGCCUGCAAUCCCCAACUGACUCUUCCCAUUGGUGUCCUUGGCUCUACCUCCUGCCCAAAGCCCUUCCACCUGGGGUGGCUGAAGCAAAUCUCAUCUGCACCCAUGACCCCUAGUGGCCAGAGUAGGCAGGGGAAAGUAAAAAGAAUCCAGCUGCCUGGUCCAAAGUGAGAAGAGUGAAUGCCUGGCAGCAUUCCUGUCCAGGAAAGCAUUAUGGAGUGGUUGGCAUGCGAUGCAGCAAGCACUCUCGACAUUUCCAUUUUCCCAAUAGCCUGGUACCAGGUCCUUUGGACUACCUGCUCCCUUUCUCCCUCCCAAACAUAGCCUUUCCCUCAGCCCUGCCCCACCCACUACCACCAUCACUCCCCUCCCCCCGGCUGACCAAAAUGUGCUUUCUACUGUGAGCCCCUCUCCCAAGACCUCUGGGGAAGGAACAAGAGACCAUGUUGUGAAUGUUAAGACUGCCACCUCGUUAUCUCCUCUUUGAAGCAGGCUUGUAGGUGGAGGGAGAGAGAGAGGGCUGACCUCCCUCGCCUGCAUUGCUCUGCUGGGAUGAUGGCCCCUUCCCCACCAGGACCGAUGGCUAAGGAGCCUGUCCUCCUGUAUUCCGUCUGUAGGAGAGGCCAGGGCUGCCCGCCAGCUGCCAGGGCAAGGGGGAGCCAGGUUGUGUCUGUGUCUGUCUCUGUCUCUUUUUUAAUCCCUCUUUUUUUUUUUUUUUUUUUUUUGCCACAUUGGCAGAAAUGGGACCUAAGGGUCCUGCCCCCCACUCCCUCCUCCACUUUGUGUUUGAGUUUUUCAUUAGCAUUUGAGGCUGGUAGACAGGUUUGAGUCAAAAUUAUACUUUGCUCCAUUGUUAAUUGAGAAACUCUUUCAAUAAAAUAUUCUUUUCUAUA